GACGUUGAGUCAAAAACACACAAGUCUUGAUUCACACACCACCUUAUUCAUGGUCGGGAGCUGUGCUGUGGCCAGCACCCGCCAGUAGGACUAUUUUCGAGUCGUGUGUUCAUGGCCGUGAUGCGGUGCGUUCUCGUCGCGGCCUCCGCCGCGUCCAGCCUCGCAGGGGUGCCGCUGGGGGGCAUCCUCGACGCCAGCGCGUGCAGGGGGGCGGCCCACCUGGACCAGGUCAGCCUCGUGCAGGCGUCGGCCUCGGCCAAGCGCAUGUCCAGGACUGCAGUGAGGGGCGGCUUCGGGCCCUCGCGGGAGUUCCAGGGGGCCGCCCUGCUGGAGGACGCCGAGCAGGAGGCCCAGGGAGGCCACAAGCAGAAGCUGCCCGACGGAGUCGCCUCGCCUCCCCAGGCAGGCUGGAAUCCCUCGAUGGUCGAGUACGGCAACUGGCCCCUCCUCGAUGUCCCGAAGGACGGGGAGUACAGCUUGGACCACGGCGACACCAUUCGGAGCUACAGCUGGGCCAGGCAGGACGUCAAGAUCCUGACCCAGCUGUUCCUCAACAUCACGAACGGAUUCUACAUCGAGUCUCAUGCGGGGGAGGGCGAGCACGGCAGUAACAGCCUCCUCUUUGAGCUCGUAGGUUGGCGCGGGCUCCUCAUGGAGCCGCGCGUGAUGACGUACAUGGCCCUGUGGGCAAAGUUCAGGAAGGCUUGGUUGUUCAUGGGUGGCGUUUCCUGGACCACCACGCAGAUGGAGGCCGGCUUCGACGUGAACGGCCUGAUCGACAUGGCGAACGGGCACAGGGUGCCGGUGCAUCCUUUGCCGUCCUUCCUCCACGAGAUGGGCAACCGCAAAACGGUUGAUUUCUGGGCUUUGAACAACGGCGGGUACGAGCCAGAGGUGCUGAACACGACGUUAAACAGCGGCUACGGCAUCGAGAUCGGCGUGGUCUGCGCGACCAUCCACGACCACCUCGACGGCAAGGGCAACGAGAGCUGGGAGAUGAGGACGCGGGCCGCCACCGAACAGCUGCUUUUCGAGAUCAUGCAAAACGCCUCCUUCCAGUACGUGGGCGGCCUCAACCCGACGUGGGUUAACACCAUCGCCCAGCGAUGGGAGACGCCGUGUUCGUGAACCCCUCGUACUUCGUCACCAGGGGCUUGCCGGUGCCCUCGGGGAUCAAGUCGGCGCCCCCGCCCCCACUGACGCAGGAGCAGGACCAGCUCAGCCUCGUGGAGGCAGAGCACGUCGCGUGGGACGAGGGCCACACGCAUGAGGAGGAGAGCGCCCUCAUCGGCGACUAUAUCCGGCGGAGCAAGCAGGACGCGGCGUCGGACGAGACGGUCCCGAAGGCGCACCGCGUCCGCGAGGAGGGCUACCUCUGGGGCAGCGAAUUCAACUGGAAGGACCCGAGGCACAUGUGAGCGCGCAGCGGGCCCCUCCACGAGCGCCCGGCCCCCCUCCCGAGGGGCACCGCCUGGGCCCAGGAGGGGGCCCGAGCUGAUAGCGCGCCCGUCGGCGCCUGCCCCGCGGCGGCGCAGGGCCCGGCGCGCGCGGACACCUGGCCUGCGCGGCGGCGAGCUCGGAGAACGCAGCGCAACCCUCCAGCUUGCCCAGGGAGGGCCGCUUGGAAUCCACUGCCCCUCUGUUAUGAGGCCG